AUGUAUAUAGUAAUUAUCAUUCAGGGCGAUCCACCGAAAAAGAACGGCAUCACUUUGACGCAGAUUGCGAGGUACGGUAUCCUUAGUGCAAUAGAUGACUGUACUCACUCGCAAAUUGUUAAGCAGUUUGUGCGUGCUUGUCAACUCUGGGAGACAAGUCCCGAGAACAUCUCCAAAGAGCUAUUCUGGGAGCCCGAGAAACCCCGACAAGCCGAUGAAGCGACACAAGUGGAACUGGAUAGACAUACACAAGAAAGACUUGGUAAAAUGAGCUCCAGACCGAACGCGAUGGAGGCUGAUGGGACUCAUGUAUGGGGACAUACAAUAAGUCAAGUACACUAA